CUUUAUCACUACUCACUAUAGAGCCCUGGUCAAGUUCUCUCCACCUCUCUAUCUAUGUCUCAGUUUCUUCAUCUGUAACAUCAAACGAAUAAUAGUACCAACCUCCUAGGCUUCUUAAGAGGAUUAACAAAGACAAAAUACGGGGAAAACGUAACAUGGUGUCCCAUAAUUAUGAGAUCUUAUUAUUGACACUACAGUGGCAUUAAAGUUACCAAAAGGAAGACAGCAUCUUUUUCCUCUUUGGUCCUGAGCUGGUUAAAGGGAACACUGGUUGCCUGAACAGUCACACUUGCAACCAUGAUGCCUAAACAUUGCUUUCUAGGCUUCCUCAUCAGUUUCUUCCUUACUCGUAUAGCAGGAACUCAGCCAGCACGUGAGUCUCUGAAGCCUCAGAGGGUACAAUUUCAGUCCCGAAAUUUUCACAACAUUUUGCAAUGGCAGCCUGGGAGGGCACUUACUGGCAACAGCAGUGUCUAUUUUGUGCAGUACAAAAUAUAUGGACAGAGACAAUGGAAAAAUAAAGAAGACUGUUGGGGUACUCAAGAACUCUUUUGUGACCUUACCAGUGAAACCUCAGACAUACAGGAACCUUAUUACGGGAGAGUGAGGGCGGCCUCGGCUGGGAGCUACUCAGACUGGAGCAUGACGCCGCGGUUCACUCCCUGGUGGGAAAGAGCAAAAGGUUUAUGAAGGGGCUCGCAGAGUUGUUGAAAUUGAAGCUCUAACACCACAUUCCAGCUACUGUGUAGUGGCUGAAAUGUAUCAGCCCAUGUUAGACAGAAGAAGUCAGAGAAGUGAAGAGAAAUGUGUGGAAAUUCCAUGACUUGUGGAAUUUGGCACUCAGCAAUGUAGAAAUUCUGAAGCUCCCUCAGAAUGGGAUGACUCGUGUUUGAAGGAUCUUAUUUAAAGUUGUUUUUGUAUUUUCUUAAAGCAAUAUUCACUGUUACACCUUGGGGACUUCUUUGUUUACCCAUUCUUUCAUCCUUUAUAUUUCAUUUGUAAACUAUAUUUGAACGACAUUCCCCCAAAAAAAUUGAAAUGUAAAGACGAGGCAGAGAAUAAAAGGUUCUAUGAAAUUCGACACUUUAUUUCUGAAUGUAACAUCGCUAAUAACAACAUUCAUUCUAAGACAGCAAAAUACAAAUUUAACAACCAAUGAAGAGUAUUUAAGAAAAUGUUGAAAUAAUUUUUUUUAAACAGCGUUACAGACUGAAGCAAUCCUGAAGCAAUCGGUUUUCACCCUCUUACUGAGCCAGUUAAAUUGACAUUGCUAUGACAAUUUAAAAUUUCUAUAUGGAUGAAUAUUUUUCAUGCAUUUCUAUUUUAUAUGAAUAUACUUUUUAUGUAUUUAUUAUUAUUAAAUAUUUCUACUUAAUGAAUCAAAAUUUUGUUUUAAAUUCUACUUUAUGUAAAUAAGAACAGGUGUUGGGGAAAAAACUUAUGAUUUCUAGAUUGAUAUCUGAAUUAAAACUAUCAACAACAAGGAAGUCUACUCUAUACAACUGUCCCUCAUUUAAAAGAUGUAUUAAGAUUUUCUUUUCUACGUUUGUUUUUGUUUUGUUUAGUUUUUAAUCCUGUCUUAGAAUAAUUUAUCUUUAUCCUCAAAAUUAAACGUAAUUUUUUUAGUGACAAAGAAGAAAAGAGACCUCAUUACUCAACCCUUCUGGCCAAGCAUGUCUUGCUUGUAGCACCUUCCUCAUCUCUAUACAGGAGGAUCCCAUGAAUGAUGGUUUAUUGGGAACUGCUGGGGUCCAUGCAGAGAACUCAGCUUGAAGCUGGAAGCACACAGUGGGUAGUAGGAGAAGGACUGGUGUUGCUGGGUGCCUACAGAGAUUAUAGAGCUAAACAAAGCCCUCCAAACUGGCCCCUCCUGCCCACUGCCUCUCCUGAGUAGAAAUCUGGUGACCUAAGGCUCACUGUGGUCAACAGAAAGUUGCCUUCUUCACUUCAGGCUAAGUCUUUAUUAUGUUUAAGGCUGUCUUUCUAGUGAGGAAAUACGUAUCAGAGAACAUUUGUACAAUUCCCCAUUAAAAUUGCUCCAAAGUAUGAUUAACAAUAUGGUCAGUGCUUCUGGUUAUAUACAAGUACUCAGUGAUAAAUGGAUCAAAAAAUAUUCAGAAAUGUAUUGGGGGCUGGAGGAGAAUAAGAGGCAGAGCAAGAGCUAGAGAAAUGGUUUCCUUGCUUCCCUGUAUGCUCAGAAAACAUUGAUUUGAGCAUAGACGCAGAGAAUGAAAAAAAAAUUUACUUUGAUCUCUGUUUUUGAAUUAUUAUUUAUAUCUUGCUUACUAACUUUUUUGCCUUUUGUCCUCUUGUGGGGAGGGCGAUGAAUUAAGAGUAGUGGGGUGGGUGGGGAGUAAGUAAAAUUUCAAACAGCAUUUUAGUGAAUGCAAUUCAGUAGUCCUGAAGCCUGAUUCAAUAAAACAAAAUUCAUUUAUGGUUGUUUCAUGAAAGUUAUUAGAUAGCAUCGAAUUUUGUAUGUUGUUCGCCUUGCUCUGGUUUUGCUUUUGUGCUUAGGCAAGUGCAAAAUACUCUGUGAAAAUCAAAAUUGUCAUCUUCUUCAUUGUGUUAGGGAUAUAUUGUCACACGAUUUCAAUAAAUCCUUUAAUUUUUUGCUUU